AUGCAAGUCAGAAAUAUUCAGAACAUAGCACCGAGUCUAACUGACAAGAGUAUAAAGAUAUACUAUGAACACGUUAUGAUGAAACCUACCAAAAUUCAAGAAAGUCAGUAUACUUAUGAAUAUCCAAGACACUGGGUAGAGUAUGUAGGAGGUGAGAAAGCUAUUGAAAUCAGACAGGUUCGAAGUAUUCCAGCAGGAAGAACAAUAUUAUUGAAGAACUUUAAUGUUUUGAGAUAUAAUGAUGAAACAAAGAAGCAAGAUAGUUUCCCUGUUGCUGUGUAUGUGAACUUAGAUACAGGAGAUGACAUGAAAGUUUUUAAUACAAAACUUCAAACGGUAGUGAGAGAACAACUGACUGCGGAAGGACAUCCAUUACCUUCAGAAGUUACCAUAGCAUAUAAUUUUGAAACAAACUCAAUAGAUUUUAAAGUCAUCUCUGCAAAGAAGUCA